AGUAGGAAUCAAGUACAUGUAGGAAUCAGCGAGGGAAUGGGAAGUGACCGACGAUCAACCAUGCCAGAAGACGACACCCCCAACCCUCCUCCAUCACCCUCCGCUGUCCCAGCAUCCCUGCUGUCCACCCCGUCCAGCAGCCCACCCGCGACCAAGGCCUCCGCCGCAACCCCGACCCAACCAUCACAACAACGACAACAACAAUCGGCCGCGGCAAAUCCCUCGCCACCGCCGUUCGCAUUAACACCCACACAACGUGAAAAGAUAAAAGAAGAACUGCUCGCUCGCCAGAAAGCCGCUGCCGCCGCUCUGCCUCCGGCUCCCCUUCCGCCCACACCGCUCCCUCAAGUUUCGUCCCAAUCGCAAACACAAUCACCGCCGGCCGCAAAUCGAGAAGACGCAAUAACCCAAGCCAUAAACUUCCUAACCUCCCCAUCCGUGCGUGACGCAUCAUGGGAAAGCAAAGCGGCGUUUUUGCGAGGAAAGGGCAUGAGUGAGGGGGAGAUUGGGGUUGCCGUUAACCGGGCCGGUGUUGCGGUGGAUUCAUACGGACGUCCCGCCCAAAUACCGCACAUGUCCGCGAUACAGCACCGCGGGAGGAGUUGGGCGGAAGUGGCAAAGAAUGUGCUUUUGGUGGUGUUGUUGAGUGGGGGCGCUGCGAUUGGGGUUGCGAGGAUCGUCAAGCACUACCUCCUCCCAACCUACACCCGUUUCCAAACGACGUACGCGGAGUUCCAGCACCAACGGCAGACGAUGAUCACCGCUUUUCUAGAGAAGUUUGUCGCUUUUGCUGGCCUAUACACAACACCUGCGGCUCCUACCUUGCCUUCACCACCACCUGCAUCCGAGCCGGACUCCGAACCUACAUUGGCAGACCUGCUCACCAAAGCCGACCCCACAACCACCCUCGCAUCCACAAUCCGCACCCACAUAACCAAGACUACAGCAUCCCUCUCCCGCCUGCAAUCCACCCUCACCCUCCUCUCCCCCCGGACCGAUCCCUCCGCUUCUCCAACGCCACUCGAAUCCCUCCGCGCAUCCACCCGCGCCCUCGCGCAAGACAUCACAACCGAAAUCCAUGUCCCGCCGGGGAUGGCCGGGUUUUACGCGUUUGGAGGAGGAAUGGGAGGGGCGGGGGAGGCGACGGCGAGGUUAACGAAGGCGGUGGCGGAUACGAAGAGCGAGAUCAGGGGGUUGAAGGGGAUGGCGUUGAAUCGUCGGAAUUUUGUCGCGUGAAU